GCGAUUCCGUCGCGCCGCGUACUUGAAGAGCCGCGCGCGGCUAAGAAGCGGCACGGAGGGCGGAAGCGCGCGAAGAAAGGGAGCCCGAAGGAAAGAAGAGCGGAUUUUUUUUUUCUCUCUCUCUCUCUCUCUCUCUCCCUAUCCUCAGGGGAGAUCGUCGAGACGCGUCAGUCCGUCCACGUCCUCUGUCGGAAACGCCACCGGAAGAGACCGGUUCUUCUUCCCGCGGGGCUGCCUCUUCCUGUCUCUUCCCGUAAGAGCGACAAGAGCCGAAGGUGCUACUUGCUUGAGAAGUGAGAAACGUCAGUCUUCCGCGAGUGCGCGAGUUCCCGAAGAUCUCACCGGAUCGAUCGCUCCGCAACGUCACAUCGAUCAUCGACGUGAGACUUCCGCUAAAGAUACCGUGGACGAGCGGAGCCGGGCCGACUCUUCCGACGAGAAGCGACUUCCGACGGGAUAAGGUGCAGAAGUAUCGUUCGAUAUACACCCUCGGAAAAAAACUACGUUUCCCAUCAGACGAAGUCAUCGUGCAGACAUUCACCUUUAUCGUCGUCGUUGUAAUAGCCUCGGAAGGAGUCUAGGAAGACACCUAGGUGGGAGAUAUCCGAAAGAAAUAUCACUUCGCGGAAGACCACGGCGAGGCAUCGAUCGACGGCGAAUGAUCGACGGUCGUGCCGGCGCUCGCAUAAGCGCAGCACUCGCGAGCACGGAGAAAAAGAGGAAACGAGUGGUUGCGGCGGCCUCGUCGUAUGGGGAGGAAAAGAGCGAAGAAACGUUAGAGUAUGGCGCGAGACGAGAUCGCAAUGAAAGUCAAUAAACCGUGAUGAGUAACGGAGAGCAGUGGUCGGAGUGGCAUUAAUAAAUUAGUGUCUACUUGCUGCAAGCAACAGCAGCAGCAGCAAUAGCAAGAGUCGGAGGAGGAAGAGGACGAAGAGAACGCGGAGGAGGAGGAGGAGACGCGUACGCGCGCGCGCGCGCGCGCGCGAAUCUCGAGUGCGUCGGUGUGUACGUGUGUGCGUGCGCGCGGAUACGUGUGACCGACGUGUCGAUGCGGGGAUUUGGCCAGUGUGUCAGUGUGAAAGAAGACAAUUGACUCGCAGCCGCCGUCGGACGGUGCUUGGCGGGGGCCUUCUGACGUCACAUCCUGCCCCGCGUACGAGCCGCGAUCUCAUCUGGACCACGACGAGCAAAGCGAAUGAAGAACAAUGACCCACUGCGACAAGAGGAUCCUCGGGAUCCUUGUCUUGCUCAACGUAGUCGCGAAGAUUCCGGCCAAUCAGACAGAUUCGCCAAAAACGGACAUGGUUGAGGAAACGGAAGUCCUUAUCACGACCAAGAGAUUUCUACCGGACAGGUGUCUUGUCAAGACAGAGCCCGGACCUUGUAAUCACUACGUUCACAAGUGGACCUUCAACAAGGCCGAAGGGAAAUGCCGAAUGUUCUCUUACGGCGGCUGUCUCGGAAAUGAAAAUCGAUUUAAUUCGGAAACCGAAUGCCUUCAUUAUUGCAUCGGCGGCGUUGAUCACACACUACCUCCUUAUCUUGUGACCAAGGGCAGUGUAUUCGUGACAACAAGCACCACGACAAGCAGCACUUCGCCCCCGACGACGAGCAGCACACCACGACCGACUUUCACACCUCCCAAGCCGACGAAGCCGCCGGUGCCGAAGCACAAACGAGGAAAAGAGUUAACUUUCAUGGAAUCGGGCCACGAGAAAACGUUCAUGUUUGCGCAAAGCAACACUUUUAUCCAACUCGAUGGUCCCGGCAUCAAAACCUUCCAAUUGAGGUUGUGCCGCGAGAUAUCCUUCAAAUUCCGCACGAAGCUUCCGCACGGUUUGCUGGUUUAUCACAGCGUCAAAGACCGUCCGGAAAGCCUCGAUCCUUACGCCCUGUACGUGAUAGUGGAGAAAGGUCAGCUGAAAGUUGUUCACGUGUUCGGCAAGCAGUCAACCAGCCUGACGGUCGGCGAAGGCCUCAACAGAGAUGAGUGGCACAGCGUUCUCGUGAGGAUCGACGUGCACGGGGCGAAGUUAAUCGCCAGAGUCGACGAUAAACAAGCCGAGACCACUCUGAAGGUCUUGGAACGUGUCGUGAAUUAUGGCGUAUCGGAAGAGCUAGCCUCUGUCGUUCUAAUCGGAGGUGAGCAAAGUCUUUCGUCGAGUCUUCGGAGAUUUCUCAAUAUUUUUAUCUCUCUCUCUCUCUCUCUUUCUUUGUCUGUCUUCACAGGAUUGAGUUCUGAGGAACGAUUGCAUGGGGUAAAGUACAUAAUAGAGUCCUUCGUCGGUUGCAUCAGGGAUAUGGUUCUGAGCUCCGGAAAAUCCGCUAGCGACUUAUUGCCCAUUCGGCCGUUAAUCGCGACCAAGCACGAGAACGUUAAGGAAGGCUGCAUCGACAAAUGCAGAACACGGGAGAACUUAUGCUUCGUUCCCAAUCAAUGUGUGAAUCAUUACAACAGCCUAACGUGCGACUGCUUCGGGACGAAGUACGAGGGUGAACGUUGCGAUGUGUACACCGCAACGAUACUGACGCUAAGAGGUUCCUCGUACGUGUCCUUCCGCGUGUAUGAUUGGAAGGAUCGUGUUCACUCGUCUGUCAACAGGAUCAGCCUUGCUUUUAAGACGAAGUGGGACGAUUCAGCGCUAUUUUACGCCUCCGGCGAGAUAGACGGCACGCCGCAUUACGUCGCAGCUUCGAUCAUAAACGGAUCGGUCUACGUCGAGCUCGAUUUCGGGCACAACUCGAAGAUCUCUACUAUGCUGGGCGAUUACGUCACGUCCGACCAUUGGAACAAUUUGACUAUUUUCCACAACGGAUCUCUCGUCUUCGUUAGUUUGGACGAGGAGGUGAAAGUGUUGGAAGUGCCGGGAGAAAAUUACAAUAUGAUCAUCGACCCUGAGAUAUACAUCGGCGGUGGACCGGAACUUCACAAGAAGAAGGGUCUUUUGUCGCACAAUAACUUCGCAGGAUCUUUGAAAUACGUAUUCUUCAACGACAAGUCGAUUAUAUACGAGCUGAAGCGCUCCAACCCCAUGGUGCAUUAUAUCGGCGUGCUAGAGCCCGAGUAUUACGAAGCCGACGUCGAAGUCAUCCCAAUUACGUAUCCCUUCGCGGGAAGUCAUAUCUGGUGGCCUGUCGAGCGAACCGACUCGCUGAAACUGAACUUCGACUUCAAGAGCUCAAAGCCGAUCGCAGUUAUCGCUUCGGGAGAAGUGAAGAGCAAUCGCGGACUUGGGUAUUGGGAGCUACGUCAAGUGAACGACGAAAUCCGCUUCCACUUGCUGCCGGUCGUGACGGAGAAUAUCACGGUGUCAGCGGCAGUGAAAUUUCCGCCCUACAAUACUUCUUGGCACGCGGUGGAACUUAAUUACACGAAGGGCGAGUUCAGUAUCCUAGUCGAUUACAGAAACAAGCAGAGCAAGCUUUUCACCAUGACGUUUGAGCUGGGCGACAAAGUCAUUAUAGGCAGUGGUAAAAGUAACGCGGGUUUGGUGGGAUGUAUGCGCGAAAUACGAGUGAACGAUCAGAGAAUCGAACCUAGAUACGUGAUUAAUACGCAGAGAGUAAUCGGAGAAGUCGCUUUGGAUAACUGUCAGUUCGUAGACCCGUGCAAAAGACCGAAUACUUGCGAACACGGUGGUAAAUGUUCAGUCAAGGAAGAUAGAAUCACAUGCGACUGCACGGAUACUGGAUACAUCGGGAAAAAUUGCCAUUUUGCGCGAUACAGGAAAACCUGCGAGGAGCUGGCACUCUUGGGAUACACGCAGGACGACGUUUACAAAAUCGACAUCGACGGGAACGGUCGAUUUCCGCCUGCCUUGGUGAAGUGCGAGUUUCAGUCAAUCGAGGAUUCGACUAAGACGAUCGUCGAACACAAUUUGCCCUCCCAAGUGGACGUCAGAUCCAUCAUCGAGAGUGACUUCUCUUUCAGCAUCAAAUACAGACAGUUUACUGCGGAGAUGCUUCAAGAGCUGAUCUCACAUUCACUUUACUGCAGUCAGUACGUGAAGUACGACUGUUACAAGGCACCCUUGGAGCUGCAUAGCGCCACAUGGUUUUUGGGAUCGAAAGGCACCACCGUCGAUUACAUCGGAAACGUUAAUCGCGGAUCCUGCCCUUGCGGAAUGAACAGAACAUGCGUGAGCCCAAACUUGAGCUGUAACUGCGAUGUGUCCACCGGAAAUGCCGGAAAAUGGUUAUCGGACGAAGGAUACUAUGAGACACCUGACUCCUUGGGUAUCACCGGGAUGGUGUUCUUGCAACAGAGAGAUCUCGAGGAAGACGCUCGUGGACGUAUCACCUUAGGUCCGCUGGAAUGCGUGGAAACAAACACACAGAAGUACGUGGUAACAUUCACGACGUCGCAAUCGUAUAUCGAAGUGCCGGGUUGGAGAAAAGGCGAUAUAGCCUUCAGCUUCCGAACGACGGGUGAAAAGGCCAUUCUUCUGUAUCAGCCACCUAUACGAAACAAUUAUCCUUCCUUCAUGGUUGCGUUGACGUCGGAAUAUCGAUUAACUUUCAAUUUCACCCUGAACACCGGCACCAUCCGCGAACUGGAGGUGAAGAGCCGGCGCAAGCUUAACAACGGCGAAUGGCAGAAGAUCUGGAUCGAUUACAACGACUAUCACGUGCGAUUCAUGAUCAAUACCGACUUCCAAAUGGUAGAUCUGUUACCCGAGGAAGAGUUUGGCCCGUUCGAAGGAUCCAUGUUCAUUGGCGGCGCUACUGCAGAGCAUCUGAAGACCUCCUCUGUCCGGCAAGGUCUCAUCGGUUGCUUUCGCGGUCUCGUUGUUAACGGAGAGAUAUUAGAUAUUCACAGCUACAUGUCGGUACAUCUAUCGGAAAUCAUCAAGGACUGCAAGCCUUCGUGCCAACCUAACAAGUGUCAGAACGGUGCUAGGUGCGUGGAGCUGUGGAGUAACUUCGAAUGCGUGUGCGAGAAUCAGUGGGCGCACUUGGGCACCUUUUGUGAGACAAACAUCAACAAUAAGGCUCUGACGUUCACUUCGCCCGGAGCGUUCCUAAAGAAAAAUUAUUUCGGAUCGGACGAUAACGAGGAGAGGAUGUUGCUGAAGAGCAUGCUGCUUGAGAAUAUCCUGAUCAACUUAAGAACCUAUGAUACGCAUUCUCUGAUACUCUACGCGAACGAUCAUCUGAACAACUUUGUGCAUCUCUACAUCUCGAACGGCACUAACAUUGUGUAUCUCUUCAACGCCGGCAACGAGAUCAAGAAUAUCACCGUGGAGAAUCCAAAUGUCAACACGGGAAUCUCGGUGCAGAUCGCUAUCAUUCGGGGCGAGAACUGGACUACGCUACACGUUAAUGAAUAUAACGUCACGCUGAACGCGACGCCUAUACUUCUCGACACGUAUUCGAACAAGCCAUGGACUAACCCUGAAAAAGAGGUUUUAGCACCGCAACGACCGCCGGCACCGCCAACUGAUUAUUUCCAGGUAAAUUUAGGAGGAUUUGAUCCUGACAAUUUACUAAGAGUUGGAAAGGAAGGCGCCUUAAUCCAAGGUUACAUCGGCUGCUUGAGGGGACUUAUGAUAGGCGAAUACCUCGUUGACCUACCAAAUUUAGCCAGCGAGGCGAAUCACGAGGGUAGCAAAGGCGUUCUGCCGAAUUGUCAGAUGAAAUGCGACGCGAUGCCCUGCAAGAAUUUGGGAAUCUGCACGGAGGACUUCGGCAGACAGGAGUCCUCCUGCAAUUGCGAAUUGACGUCCUACUUUGGCGAAUAUUGCGCCGAUGAAAAAGGUGCGGAUUUCAGCGGGGAGAGCGUUCUUCAACGAGAAUUUGAACUAGAAAGCGAGAUAAAUCAGGUGAAGGUUCAGCUGGCGUUCUCAACAAAUGAACUACGACAGAGAACUACCGCGUUGCUGCUGGUACAAACCGACAACAAAAGGAGCUACUAUUUACUGGUGGCCUUGACAUCCGAGGGACAGCUCAUCUUCGAGGAGGAUCGAGAGGGCUCAGCUUACGGGGUGCGUCUCAACGACCGAAACUUCCUGAAUGGUGCACGUCACAGCGUCUACUACGUUCGAGAUAACAACACGUCCACCCUCUUGAUCGAUCGCGAACCUGUACCAUUGCUGCCGAUACCAAUACUAAGUUUAGGGGACGAGGAUGAAACUCCGGGUGCCACGGAAAUUCAGCUAGGCGGAUUGAACACCACCGAUCCGCGAUUUAGUGCCUACAAAGGAUACACCGGCUGCCUCAGCAACGUGGUGAUAUCGAUCAACGGAGGCGCCGGCAUGAAGCCGUUGGAGGAAUACAUGCUCUUUACGAAACAGGGUAGCGAAACGGUCAGAGCCACGAUACCCGCUGGUGUUAGAAGUGCCCAAUGCGCGGUAUUUCAUGCUCAACCGCGUGGCCUCGAACCGUCUAGAAACGACAGCGUGGGUCGCGAUCGAGCAUGGGUGGAAGAUCCACCGGAAAAGAUCCUGUACAAGUCGCAGUAUUCGGGCGCCACUCAAGAGGAGCAGGGUGCGGGAACGUACAUAUUCAUAGCCCUAUGUUGCGUCUUCGUGGCCGCAGUGAUCGGCUGCAUUUACGAGGUAUGGCGAAGCGCACGUAAGGACCGUCAACGACGUCGCACCGCGGCUUCGGGAACACCACCGACCACCGCGGUCGCUUCUGGUUCGCAACGAUGGCAACCGCAGUACACGGAGUCCCUGGUAGCCGCCGCCGGCGUGAAGACAGUCGGCUUCAAGAACGUAAUGGACGAGGACAAGAGGCCGAACGGCACUCACAUGAAAGUGCCGAGCGCGAAGGAAUACAAACCACUGCCGAAUACGGAGCCGAAAGACUUAAUGAACGAUAAGAAGGUUCACAUAAAGGCAGACGAAGAGCCAGAGAAAAAGGAGCUCCUAGGGGUAAAUACAGGCAUCGUCACUAAACCUGCGAAACCGAAUCCAUUCUCGAUGGAAGAUUUGAGAGAGGAGCCAGAGCUGGAAGAACGCGAGGAAGAAGACGAGGAAGAGGAGGAGGAAGAAGAAACGCAAGAGCUGGAGCCAGAGCCAGAAGUAGAGGUGGAUGAAUCCAGAGAUCAACCACAAGAACAACAACAAGAAGAGGAAGAGAGCAACGAUCAAGACGGCGAACUUCUCGUUAGGCCGGCGCCUACGGAUAGAGACACUGGACAACAAUCAAAGACACAAGGAAACUCCAUCUCAGAACGAAACAAGCCGAUGAUCUUCAAUCUGUUUCCCAUCUUUCUGCCGGAUGGUCAACGCACGUUCGGCAAUCCACUGAGUUAUCUUGGUGGUCCGAGAUUACCACCGAGGAAUAGAUCUUCUAUCGAAUCGGUGCUGUCGUUGGAUUGAUCGUGGAUCGUUCGUACUUUAUCCUAAAGGAUCGCGCGAAAGUCCUCGGGAAAACGACGAGUCGCAUCCCCCGAUCGAGAACGAAAAGUCUCGAACGUGUUGAGUGCCAAAUCGAUAAAUUUCACUCACAGGAUAAUUUUACACAUACCAGAGCAGAUUCAUUUAUUUAUUAGGAGGAAACACGUUUAAAAGAUACAUCUAUUUAAUAUUUCUUUUUGCACUUAACACAUUCGAAAUUUUCCGAUUUCAAUUCAUCUCUCAUUAUUACAGAGUCAUCCGUUUCUCGAAAGGCUCGUGUUAAUAGUCCACAGUUUCAUCAAGAUUCGCUUAGACCAAAAUCACGAUCGGUGAAUUUCAUCCGCGACGACGCAUCAUACUUGCUAAUAAGGAUGAUCUUAGACGUGAUAAUGAGCUUAACAAAAGAUAAUUAGUAAUUGUGACAAACUCGAUAUUUUUCUUUUUGCCAACAAUAGACAUAAAAAACUGUCGUGCUCAAGUGUUUUGUUUCAAUACAAUUUGAUAAUAGUGCUUGUAAAAAUAAUUCUUUGUAAGUAUGUAGGGUAAUUAUUUCCUCUCCUCAUACACAUUAUGUCAUAAAAACCUCAAGUUUAUGUAAUAUUUUUUUCGCGUUUUUAAAGAAUACAAAAAAUAUAUAACUUCCGUUUUCUUAUCCUUUAAAAUAUUAUUAAUCCCAAACAAGAUUAACUCGAUGAUUAAGUAAUUUGUGAACACGACAUUAAGUUUCAAGUUAAGUUAUAACAUCUAUUCUUUAUCCUAGUCAAGGGUUAAUAAAUUUCUCUGCAUAGAGUCGUGAUUGAUAUAUAUUUUUAAGUUAUCACGUAUGACUGCCUUGUAUAUGCAAAGCAUUAAUGCUGUCUGGUAUGUUUACUCAAAUUUUCCUAUAAUAUUUAAGAAAUAUAUCUUCCCAGUAAACACUAACAAUAAUAUUAUAUCAAUUUUAUAAGUUCCCAUUCAAUAAUGUAACUAUCAAUUCUCAUUCAAUAAUGUAACUUAUCUUCAUAUAACAUAUAUUAUAUUGCACUUAUAUUGUUAAGUAGGAAAUUAUAACAUUGAUAUAAUAGAUGCGUUCAGCAGAGAAAAUUCUUUGCAACCAUUACACAAUUUAUGAAUCUAAUUAGUAUAUACUCUUAGAUUCAACUAAGAAUAAGAGCAUAUUACAAUUAAAUUCAUAACCCAGCAAACAAGAUGACGUCAAAUGAUUAUUGACAUUAGAAACGUCAAUAAUACAUUAAGACAUUAUUUGAUGUCAUCUUGGUUGCUGGAAAAUUUUACAAUAGUUGCAGAGCAGCUUUGUCUGCUGAACAUAGGCAAUAUUACCAUUAGUUGGUGUCAAUACUGGAUUUUCACCUAGGCCUAGUUCCAACCAACUAAUAAGCUAAUAAGCUAACUAACAAUUAAAUCAUGUUUGUCCAAAUUUUUCUUUCAAAAUAAACAAAAACAGAUGCAUGUUUUAAGUGUCAGUUAACUCACCACUCAAUUGGUGUCAAUGAACCUUAUACAGUUAAACAUACAGCUCAAUAUCCUUCGUUGACACAAUAAAAGAAAUCUCUAUGUAAAUAAAUGUACCAAAUAGCUUUAAUGCACAUGACAUACAAAGAUAGAAUAAAAAAGCUAAUUGCUAUGAUGAGAAAAGGACCACCACAUAAGGGUGCAAUAUUUAAUAAUCAGUUGUACGAAUAAAGAUUUUUAACAAAACUCAUGCAUGUGCUUGUUCCUCACUUACAGUACUGUUGAACAUAUCUUGGCCUAUAUAUGCAUAUCUGCUUUGCUGGAGAUGACUAAACUAUACUUCCUACCAUUGCCACAGAUUUGAUUCAGGACUUGUUGAAAGCAGGCUUCUCAAAAAGCUGUUGAUAGACAAAAAGUUAUACUCACCAUAUAUAAUUUAUUGACGAAGAAGGAUAGAAAACAAGCAAUAUUUUAAGCAAUAUGUAAAAAAAAAACAGAUUGAAAAAUGUACUUGAAUUUUUAACAUGA